AUGAAGCUUAAUUGUCUUAUUUUCUAUACAGCUAGUGCAUUUAGCUGGGUAGGGGGCUAUGCCCACCUCCUCACAGUCCCCACUACACCAUUCACAGAGACAGGCGGUCAUUAUGACCUCUCUAAUCUUGCUGGUAUUGUAGUAGACUCGAAGCAUGCAGACUCGGUGGACAACGAUGGGCAAACUUUGAUCCCACCGACCCUGCAGCAAUUUGCGGAGACUUUCCAAGGAGAUCUUAAGUCGGUCUUGGAUUUGGAUUUGAAGGUUUCGCAAGGAACAAAGCGCAAGGAGAACACCAUAUUUGUGACCUUGUCAAAUCAAACUGGAUUUCAUGAUGUUGCAGGCCGAUUUACCUCUGAAGCUUAUGCCUUAACGGUCGAUGAUCGAGGCAUAGUAAUCACCGGGGCCAGUCCUCUUGGCGCCUGGUGGGGAACGCGAUCCGUGAUCCAAGCUGCUGUCAUUGGAGAUUUGAGUCUGGCAAAAGGAUCCGGUGUAGAUGCUCCGGGGUGGGGUACUCGCGGUGCAAUGCUUGAUGCGGGACGAAAGUAUCAUCCACCGGAGUUCCUUAUCGAGAUGUGCUCGUAUCUCUCAUUCUUCAAGCAGAACACGUUCCACCUUCAUAUCAGUGACAACCUCUACAACAAUCUCAACGUAUACUCUGCGGAACGGUCAAUGGAGCUAUAUGCAGCAUUCCGGCUUUGGUCUGAGGAUGAGGCUGUCGCAGGCCUGAACCGCCGUGCCAAUGAAUCCUACACCCGUGAGCAGUUCGACCACGUUCAGACACAGUGUGCGCAGCGGGGUGUUACCAUUAUCCCUGAGAUCGAAGCACCCGGCCAUGCGCUUGUCAUCGUUCAAUGGAAACCAGAACUGGGUCUCGAUGACCUGAGCAUGCUCAACAUUAGCCAUCCGGAUACUAUCCCGACUAUGAAGACCAUUUGGCGCACUUUCUUGCCUUGGUUCCAUAGCAAGACUGUUCAUAUUGGUGCCGAUGAGUAUGAUGGUAAGCUUGUCUCGGACUAUACGCAGUUCGUGAAUGAGAUGAACACAUUUAUCGAAGAGGAGUCAUCGGGCCGUCAGCAAAUGCGCAUCUGGGGUACUUUCACACCAAAACAGGGUGCCAAUGUAUCCAAAUCGGUGACUUACCAACACUGGGAUGUGAGUGCCGACAAGCCAUACUACGACUAUAUUCAGAAUGGAUAUAAUGUCCUCAACUCUGACGACUACAUGUAUCUCGUUGGCGGGUGGUCCGGCUCGUUCGGGCAAGAGCUCGAAUUGAGCAAGAUCUUCCAAGGUCCAUUUGGUGCACCAUUUUCACCAAACACCUUUGACAGCUCUAAUAAGAGUGAUAAUCCUCUCAGAGAUAACCCGCGGGUGUUGGGUCACGCUGCUGCUCUGUGGAAUGACUACGGUCCAAAUUCCACAACCGCUCUGCAGACCUACUACUCCUGGCGCAAUGCUCUCCCUGCACUUGCUGAUAAGCAGUGGGGAGGUAAUAUCACCGAGUCAGAUUAUGCAUCUGUCUUUGAUCAGCUGCAGGCCGCAGUACCGGCUCAGAACUUGGACCGGCGAAUCCCUAGCAAGUCUGAUACGAUACUUCACUAUACUUUUGAUGGUAACUCGAACACCGUAGCCGACCACUCGGGCAACGGGUAUCAUGGAAAGGUGCACGGCUGUAAGGUCUCCGACUCGACCCUCCAUCUCGCAAAUGGAUGUUACCUUGAGACACCACUUGGGAGCAAGGGGCGUGAUUAUACGCUCUCUUUCAAGGUCAAGCCUACUUCCCACACACCAGGAACACUAUUCUCUGGGCCUGAUUCCAGCUUUGUUAAUGGGAAUGGUACCAUCUCCAAUGCAACUCUGAUUAAUGGCGGGAAUCCAUAUUCGCUCAACUAUACCCUCCCUCUGAACGCUUGGACGGAUGUCAGUUUGAUUGGGCGAGGAAAUGCCACAUUUUUGACAGUCUCUGGGUCUGAAUGUGAAACUCAAACUAUGGAGUUCCUUACCAAGAUUGGCGUUAAUGGGGAAUUCUUCGUGUGGGCUCCCAUUGCAAUUGAAGCGCCCUUGGCUUGGAUUGGAAAGGGCUUCACGGGAUCCAUGAAGGAAAUCAUGCUGAAGGGGAGUGCAUAG